CCCGCCCCCUCCGGUUCGGCGGUCCUCUCUGCUCGGCCGUACACGGCUCGGCCGCGCGCUCUCGGCCCGGCGACUUUGGCGGCUCCCCCGUGCGCCUGCGUGAUCCUGUCCCGCCCCACGCGCGGGCCGGCUCGCGCCCGGUCUCUCGCCCCGCCUCCGGCCCGCAGCCCCCGGCCCUUCCCCGCGCGGUCCAGUCCCCAGCGCGUGGCGCCAGCACCAUGCUCUUCUACUCCUUUUUCAAGUCCCUUGUGGGCAAGGAUGUGGUCGUGGAACUGAAGAACGACCUGAGCAUCUGUGGAACCCUCCACUCUGUGGACCAGUACCUCAACAUAAAACUCACGGACAUCAGCGUCACCGACCCUGAGAAGUACCCUCACAUGCUGUCAGUCAAGAACUGCUUCAUCAGGGGCUCUGUGGUCCGCUACGUGCAGCUGCCAGCCGACGAGGUGGACACACAGCUACUGCAGGACGCGGCCAGGAAGGAGGCUCUUCAGCAGAAGCAGUGAUGGCGCGCCCCUCCCCCAGCCCCUCCCAUGGGUGGCCUGUAGGUGAUGUCCAGCUGGGGACCAGGGCACCCUGCCGAUGCUUACGGUGUGUUUGGUUAAUAGUAACUUUUCUUUUUAACUGGAUGGAUGAGAGCGAUGGUUCCUCAGUUGGAGGGGGGAAGGAACCUGGGAAAGGCAGAGCGUUGUGGACGGCUCCCAGUCCAGACCUUUCUUUCAACCUCCCUGGAGAUGGUGGGAGCACCUGGGCCUUUCCAGGGCGACAUUUGAUACGUUUGGGGCAUGGAAAGAAUCUGUCCCGCAUCGGGAAUAAAACUUAUGGUGCAAACUGA